AUGGGGCGCGUUGAUGAUGGCCGUUGGGCUGCAUUGCACCCCUUCACUUCCCCUAUCCCUGCGCUCCCGACCUCACCUCGCAGUGUCGCCCACCUCGUUCUCAACCCACCACCGCUUCCCGCCCUCGGUCGCUCGCCAUCGUCAUCGCUGCCGCUCCUCGGUCUCCGUCCCCCACUCCACACUACCAAUCCCCCGUCUCUCGCUACGAGCGAUCCUCCAUCCCUCUCCCCACCACAUCACUCCAUCCGAAUCGCAGCUCUCGCCGUCGCCAUCGGCAUUGCCGCUCCCGCUGCUCCGCCCUUUUUCAUCUCGGACAAAGCAUUUGCUUGA